AUGUCGUUUCGUAACAGCGCCAGUCCCACUCGGUACCAGGAGUUCGAUCCUGAGUCCGGUGACAUUGGCAGAAAGCGGUCGUUGGUGAGACCCGAACGUUCUCGAAUGGACCCGAAUCAUCCUCGAUUUCAUUAUACCCAGGUUGCCAACCAAGAAGCCUCGCAUCUUCGAAUCCAACCGUCGACCACCGGUGUCAAUCCACGCAAUUCCACCGAUCAAGACUACCGCAGAAGUUUACAAUCGGAACACAGAAACCCCGAAGAGGAGGGUAUUCCUCUCAUGAACUUGGAGAAUAAAAGUAACACCAAUGGGGGCCGCGAAGUGUUUGGCUUGAAUGACGAGAUUAGUCAAAGCCCCGGCAGAAAUGUCACCAAAAAUAUGAAGGCACCUCAGCGGUCCAAUUCUCCCAAGCAUGACAUUUACUUCUGGAAGGUCUAUUGUUACGCAAUCACCUUCUGGGCCCCCGCUCCACUCCUCAAGUUGUUCGGUCUCCACAGUAAAGAUCGUCAAUUUGCCUGGAGAGAGAAAAUUGCAUUGAUCACCUGUAUUCUCUAUAUUGGUGCUUUCGUUGCCUACUUAACAUUCGGGUUCACUAAAACCGUGUGCUCGAAUAAGGUUAUAAGAACUCAAAUUAACCAUGUCAACACCGGUUACCUCAUUAUUCAUGGAAGAGCAUUUGACUUGAGUUCAUCUCAGCAUAUCUCAGCGGCAGGAAUUCCCGCCGGCUCAAAUGUUUUGUAUCCUCCCAUCAAUGCCGGCGGAAAGGAUGCUUCCUUUUUGUUUCAAAAUGUCAAUGGAAACUGUAAAGGCUUAAUCAAGCCCAGAGACAACUGCUCUAUUCCCACCAAUGGUGACGAACUAGCAUGGUACAUGCCAUGUAGGUUGUUCGAUCAAGAUGGACAAACAAAGCCUAACAGAACGAAAGCUUACUAUGACGGCUGGGCUUGCCAUACUAGCAAUACAGCAAGAGAAGCUUUUUACAACUUGAAAGUCAAUGGUGAUGUUUAUUUCACGUGGGAUGAUAUCAAGAACUCGUCUAGAAACUUGAUUGUUUAUUCUGGUGAUGUCUUGGAUUUGAAUUUGAUCGAUUGGAUUUCGUCGGAUGACGUGACGUAUCCAGCUUUGUUUGACAAACUCAGGGACGAUAAGACUUAUAAGGGGCACGAUAUUUCUCUUGUAUUGACGAAUAGCGAAGAAAGACAGGCAGCCCGUUGUCUCAGUGAAAUAAUCAAGGUUGGUACCAUCGACUCAGAUACUAUAGGAUGCAUUGCUUCGACCGUGGUUUUGUAUGUUUCCUUGGUUUUCAUUUUGUCGGUUGUCGUAGCCAAGUUUUUGAUGGCUUGUUACUUCAGGUGGUGGAUGUCAACGAAACAGGGAGCAACCGCUAUCGACAACAAGUCUUGGUUCGAGCGUAACAAGGAGAUAGAAAACUGGGUUGAUAACCCUUCCUCACAACCACCAAUAGCUACGGUUCCAGAAAUGGCUAGAGCAAACUACAAGUCGGCCAGAACAAACAGACAGAGUGUGUUCCAUAAAUCGAACCGUCUCUCACUUCAUCCAGCUGCGGACCUCGCACAAAUGUAUGGCCUGGAUAAGUUAUCGAAAAACUUUCAGUAUACCACCAUGUCCACUCAAUUGGCAUUGAGAGAAAGAAGUAAAUCAAGAAACAAGUUGGCCAGCAGGCAGUCGGGUUUUUUCGAUGACCAAGCAUCGCAUAUGAUGUCAAGACCUGUAUCAGUAUACAACCCAUUCGAAGCUCUCGAAGAAUAUCCUGUAACUGGGUUGUCUCCUGAUAUUUUACACCCGGAUGUGGUUCCUCAACCGCCGGUGGAAUAUCAACCAUUUGGAAUCCCUCUUGCACACACUAUAUGCUUAGUAACAUGUUAUUCGGAGGAUAAAGAUGGAUUGAGAACAACUAUGGACUCUGUUGCUACUAGUGAUUAUCCUAAUUCCCACAAAUUGAUUUUUGUGGUGUGUGAUGGUAUCGUUAAAGGUUCAGGAAACGAUCAGUCAACCCCCGAUAUAGUCUUGGAUAUGAUGUCAGACUUCACGGUUCCCCGGGAUGAAGUUGAGAGCCAUUCUUAUGUGGCAGUCGCUCAAGGAAGUAAACGUCACAAUAUGGCCAAGGUGUAUGCUGGAUUUUACAAGUACGAUGAUGCGACUGUUCCAGUUGAAAAACAACAAAGAGUGCCCGUGGUUACGAUUGUGAAGUGCGGAACCCCUGAAGAAGCGGGUGCAGCAAAACCUGGUAACAGAGGAAAGAGAGACUCACAAAUUAUCUUGAUGUCUUUCUUGCAGAAAGUCACGUUUGAUGAAAGAAUGACCGAUUUGGAGUAUCAAAUUCUCAACAGUAUUUGGCGAAUUACUGGAUUAAUGGCAGAAUUUUAUGAGAUUGUGUUGAUGGUUGACGCCGAUACAAUGGUGUACCCAGAUAGUCUCACUCAUAUGGUUGCGGAAAUGGUGAAAGAUCCUGCGGUGAUGGGUUUAUGUGGAGAGACAAAGAUUUCUAACAAGAGAACAUCAUGGGUUACAGCAAUCCAGGUGUUUGAGUAUUACAUUUCACACCACCAAGCCAAGGCAUUCGAGACUGUGUUUGGUGGUGUUACAUGUUUACCAGGAUGUUUCAGUAUGUACCGGAUCAAGGCACCCAAGGAAGCCGAUGGUUAUUGGGUUCCCAUCUUGGCCAAUCCCGAUAUUGUGGAGCGUUAUUCCGAUAAUGUCGUCAAUACCUUGCAUAAGAAAAACUUGUUGUUGUUGGGUGAAGAUAGAUAUUUGUCGUCCUUGAUGUUGAGAACAUUCCCAAAGAGAAAGCAAAUCUUUGUUCCCAAGGCAGCUUGUAAAACGGUGGUUCCCGAGAGUUUCAAGGUGUUGCUUUCGCAGAGACGUCGGUGGAUCAACUCUACUGUGCACAACUUGAUGGAAUUGGUAUUGGUUAAAGAUUUGUGUGGUACAUUUUGCUUUUCGAUGCAAUUUGUUAUUUUCAUCGAGUUGGUGGGUACUUUAGUGUUACCAGCUGCCAUCUGUUUUACCAUCUAUGUUAUUGUUGUUGCCAUUAUCUCGAAACCUACCCCAGUUAUGUCGUUGAUUUUAUUGGCCAUUAUUUUUGGAUUACCAGGAGCACUUAUCGUCAUUACCGUUUCAUCGUGGUCGUACGUUGUGUACUUUUUCAUCUACCUCAUUGCGUUGCCAAUUUGGAAUUUUGUUCUUCCCUCAUAUGCGUAUUGGAAGUUUGAUGAUUUCAGUUGGGGUGAAACCAGAACAGUGGCCGGAGGAGAUAAAGGAGAUCAUUCCAGUGGGGAUGAUAUGUUCGAUGGUAGCCAUAUUGUGAUGAAGAGAUGGAGAGAGUUUGAGAGAGACAGACGCAACAAGGAACGUGGAUUGGCAGUUCCUGGAGCGGCAUGGGAUCCUGCAAGUCCGGAAAAGCAUAGUGGAGGUGAAUACUCUUCGGAGUCGAGGCCAUAA